AUGCAUCGCAAAGGUCAAUUGUCCGGGUCUACCACAGAGGUGGUUCGUCCAGAGCCGCCAAGGCCUGAUGAAAAAGCCGGCGACUCUCAUUCGUUUCCAGACGGAGGCUUGCAGGCGUGGCUCGUCGUUCUGGGAGCUUUCUUCGGUCUCUUUGUCAGCUUUGGAUGGACAAACUGCGUCGGCGUGUUCCAAGAAUAUUACGAAACCCACCAGCUCGCUUCCUCUUCACCAAGUACAGUGUCUUGGAUUCCGGCGGUUUCUAUGUUCACAAUCUUUCUUGCGGGUCCCUUUGUCGGCCAAUUGUUUGAUCAUUUUGGUCCUCGCAUUCUUCUUCUUCUCGGCGCCCUCGUCCACGUAUUCGGCCUCAUGAUGGCGUCCAUCUCCUCCGAGUAUUAUCAAUUCAUGUUGUCCCAGUCUAUUUGCAGUCCCAUCGGCGCCGCCAUGGUCCUAUAUCCUUCCUUCAGCUGCAUCACCACGUGGUUUCAGAAGAAGCGUGCCCUCGCUAUGGGUAUCGCCGCCAGUGGAUCCAGCCUGGGCGGAGUCGUGAUGCCGAUAAUGGUGAACCAAUUGGUUCCCACCAUUGGCUUUGGCUGGGCGAUGCGAUCAUGUGCGUUCCUAAUGCUUGGUCUGCUCAUCAUAACCAACUUGACCGUUCGAUCACGCUUCCGUCCGCAGCCGAAAAACUUCGGAAUUGCAGCCUUCUUUACAACCUUCAAGGAUCUUCCCUUCCUCCUGCUAUCCAUGGCCGCAUUUUUCUAUUCCAUGGGUAUGUUCAUACCAAUCACGUUUAUGGUGACAUAUGGGAGAAGUAGAGGCAUGUCAACGGUGCUUUCUGGGUAUCUAGUUUCUAUAUUCAAUGGGGCAAGCGGCAUUGGUCGCAUCCUCCCAGGAUACAUGGCAGAUAAAGUGGGAAAUUACAAUGUGUCGUUUUGUGCGGCUUCGCUCUCCACCAUCUUGGUCUUCGGAGUAUGGCUACCUGGGCAAUCUCACGCAACGACCAUAGUCUUUGCAGCCAUGUUCGGCCUCAGCACGGGAACCUAUACGGCUGUGAGUCCCGCACUUGUAGCCCAGAUAUCGGAUAUACGGGAGAUUGGUCUCAGAUCGGGUGCCAUGUACGCAACCAUGUCUGUAGCCGCUCUCACGGGGAGUCCGAUCGGAGGUGCUCUUAUUACGGCCGCUGGAGGAGGUUAUUGGAAACUGCAGGUCUUCACGGGAAUUAUGAUCGCCAUUGGAACUGCCUUCUAUGGCGCCUCCAAACUAUACCUGGCAAAAGGCAAACUCUGGACCAAGGUGUAA